UUUGUUUUCGUAGCAUGGGCAAACUAGCUAACGUUAGCAGGUUGACUCGCAGUAAAAUUUAAAAACAUUUUAUAUCGUGGUUUUGUAGUUUGUCGACAACAUUUUGUCAAGAGUUUAAUGGCGACAUGGAAGUCCACACACCGCCAUGGUGUGCCCCAUAACAAACUUUAGAUGUUACAUAAAUCAAGUGGAAUGAAUUUUCCCUCAAAAAACAUGUACGACACGUAUAAAGAUGAAAUCUGGAAAGAGCUGGGACCACUGGACCCCAACUGGUUUGAGGCAUUGACAGCUCAAACAUUCACGAAUGAGGGAAAUGUCUCUGAUCAAGAUGACCUGUGUGCUAACCAAGAGGGGAAUUUUAAAACACCCCUUGACAAAGCUGCAGUAGACAGUCAGCUGUUUUCAACCCCCAAAGUUUUCAGAAAAAGUCGAGUUGUGUCACCUGAAACUGAGGAUGAGCGCUCGUUCACCGCUGAACAAGAAAAAGAGACAUUGACAUGGAUGGCAACACAAAGUCCGUGUAUGUUUCGGGUGUCAAAAAUGGGGGUCCCAGGUGAGAAAUAUGGAGGUUUUCAGCCUCAGAGUCAGAGCAGCUUUGAUCUGCUUCAUACGCCACAAAAAUCCCCAGUCAGCCACGCCUAUACGCAUAUAUCUGAAAGUCUCGGUGCACAGAUUCAUCCUGAUAUGUCAUGGACCAGUUCUCUGAAUACCCCACCAGCAGUACCAUCCACCUUGAUUUUAUCUAAAACUGAUGAGAGUCCCUGUCCAGUGAGAGUUUCUCCAGAUAAAAAUGUUGUUAUUGUGCGGAAGCUUUUUCCUUCACUUUCAAAUGCUUCCAGAAUUGAAGUGGUGUCAUCCAAAAACAAUGACAUACCUACCAUUCACCAAGAUGUUGUUUCCCCUGAGGCAAGUCAGAAUCCAGAGACCCACAACUCCCCCCAGAGUUCUCUGAAUCAGAGUGAUGGUGUUUGGAAACAGAAGCUACCGGAUGCUAUUGAGGAUGGAGAAAUUUGCAGAACAGGAGCAAGUGUUCUUGAUGGAGCUGAAAAUGUUCUCUCUCCAUUUUUCACCAACAGUAGUUCAGCACUAAGAAAAGUGAAGACUGACAGAGUCAAAAGAAAGCAAAUCAUUCCAACAAAAGAGGAUGCAGACAACAAUGCAAAUGGUGCUGCAUCCAGUGAACAGAGAACAGAUGACCAGGAACCUGGCAGACUUCCUUCAUCCCCACCAGUGAAAACUGGAGAUAUUGAAAUCACCCAGUGGUCUCCGUUGAGUUUAUCUGAAAUUCCACCUUGUACUGUGGAUAGCGCUUGCUAUGAUAGUAGUCCUGCUCAAGUGGAAAACAAAAUGUUAACAGAACAACUACAGAGUGACUCUGUUUUUAGCCUGCCAGUCAGACCACCUAUGAAAACCCCAGAUUCUGGAUGGACCAAGAAAAAAAGAAAAUUUGUUUACACUGUAAAGACUCCAGAAGUUCAAGGAAAAGAAGCACAGUCUCAGAGGAUGGACUUGUCACCAGGACAAGAAGUUCACGUGAAGCAGUCUGGGAAAGCCCAAGAUGAAGCGGACUCUUGCAGUAUCGGGAAGAAAGAGAUGCAAAAACAAGGAAAUGUUGCAGAAGAAAGUUUACCUCCUUUCAUACAAGGAAAAGUCCAGGAUCUUGACAUGUCGCAGCUUUGCAGAGAUUUUGCACAAGACUUCAGUCAAAUGUUAGACCCCAGUAAACCAAGUAAAGAAGCAGAGUAUACUCCUCAAGACGGCUUCUCUCCAUCAGCUUGUCUGUCAGCCGUGAAACGAGCUAAACAGAAAGCAGUGCAAGCAAACCUUUACCAUGACUGUGAUGGCGUCAGUAACAGAAAGCAUGUUUCUACCACUAAUCCAAAAAACUCCAUCAGUGAGGGCACAAUAAGUGACAGUGGAUUCCAGUCUGCUGUAGCAGAUAGCACCCACGUGACAGCAUCAUCAUUUGUUCUUCCCAGCUCAGAGAUCAAUGGUGAAAGUCAACAGUGGACUGGCUUUAAAACAGACAUGCACAGAACAACUCCUUUCGCAUCUUCAAGUAAAAGAAAUGGAAAAGAACAUUUGGAUGAUAUUUCACAAGGAGCUGAAACAGAUGCCAAGCUGCCCAGUACAAUCAGGGGAAGCCAGACACUGGGCCUUGGCAGAGAGAGUGAGUUGCCCAUAGAAAGCACAUCAGCACAACUACCCAGCAGUGCAAAAGGAACUGUCGAUAACAUUAAUUGCGUUCCACUUAAUGGUCAAGCUCAUGGCAGUCUGCCACAGAAAACAACAGUUUCUCUUCCUUCCGUCCAUACAUCAGGAUUCAAAACAGCUUCAAAUAAGGGUAUACACGUUUCCUCAGCCAACCUGAAGAAAGCCAAGCGUCUCUUUGAAGAGAUUGAGGGGGAAAGAACUGUAAGUGAGCAGCCCACCGUAUGUGACCAUGGCACUAAAGAAGAAAUUAGCGUCAGUUGUGAAUCAGUGAAAAAUCCAACCACAAUGUCAAACCAGCCACUUUCUACAAGUGAAAAAAAUGUGGAUAUUAGUUGCCACUUAACAGCUUCACAAAAAGCUGAUGUGACUGAGAUUUGCACUCUCUUGGAAGAAGCAGAUACCCAGUUUGAAUUUACACAGUUUAAAACUACAAACCUAAAACAACAUAGUCAAGAUAAUGCUACCUCUCCCCAAAAAGUUGACAAAGAACUUGACCCUGAUUUUCUUUCAGGUAUAGAUUUUGAUGACAGUUUUAAUGCAGAGGCUGAAAAGCACGUGGCAGUAACUGUAUCGCAGGACAAAAUAACCAUAGCUUCAGAUGGUAAAACAAAUUGUGAAACAUCAAACGUCACAAGUAAAUCUACAGGUUUGUCAUUGUCAAGUGCAAUGAAAAUAGAAAAUCCCUCUACGGAAGCUGUUUCUUCCUCUUCAAAGCAGAUCUCUGAAGGCAGUAGCAGGAUUAUGUCAGCUGAACCCAAAAAUCUCGACAGUGCUGGGCACCCUGAAACAAGCAAGCUGGAGAACAAAAAUCCCGUAAUGCUUGGUGUGGGAUUUAAGACUGCAGGAGGAAACAUUUUGAGAGUUUCAAAAACGUGUCUAAGCAAAGCCAGAGCUUUGUUUGCAGAUUUAGAGGAUAAUCUUGUGACAAGUCAAAAAUCACCGGACAAGCAGUGUAGCAAAACUAACGCUGAAACACAGCAUAAGCACAGUGGGGAUAAUCACACUGGUAACGUUUUGCUUCAUAAAGAUGACAAAUCAGAGUUCACAGGUAAUGAUACAGGAGGGAGCAUUCAGGGCUGUUUUUCCAACACGAAGGAGUAUGUCUCUUCAUACAAACAGGUCACAAGCAUUAGAGAUGAUGUGACAGGAAGUUUGAAAAAUAGCAAACUGGACACAACCACAUGUCAAAGUGGGUUCCUGAUGGCCAGUGGGAGAAGUAUUUCUAUUUCAGCAAAAGCUAUGCAAGAGGCAGAUGCUUUCUUCAAAGACUGUGACUCCACGGACACUAACACUGGCAUGCCAGUGAAACAUAAAAAGAACAUGGAACCCUUGCCUGGAAGUUUGAGUCAUAAGGAAACCCUUCCAAAAUGUAAAAAUGUUCAGGGGAUAAAUGUCAAAGUCUCUGAAGAACCAAUCAAUGAGUUUGAAAAUGGAAAUGCUGGACCAACUGCACGCCAUACAGAGGUUGUACAACAUAAUGUGGAGGUUCCCAAUUUUGGUUUUAAGAAUACACCAAUGUUAACAAAUGCGGUCCCCUCUUUGACUGCAAAGGCACUUUCAUCUCUCUUGUGCACAACAUCAAAGAAUAUUGGCUCCUCAAGUAGUGGUGGAUUUUCCACAGCCAGUGGGAAGAAAGUAUCCCUGUCAGCUGAUGCAAUGAAAAAAGCAGAAUGCCUACUGAAUGAAAUUCAUACACUUGAGGACACUAACCAACAACUGAAGCAAAAGGGAGAUGCUUUCAGAUCAAGUCAUCUCACCAGUCAGAUUCAGAUACCGCCUAAAAAUGGUGGCUUUCAGACAGCCAGUGGCAAAGGAUUUGCCAUUUCAUCUGCAGCUCUCAAGAAAGCAAAAUUGCUGUUGAGUGAAUGUGAUGUAGUUGAGGACGAAAUUGGUGCGAAACCAACACAUUCAAAGAUGCCAGUUCCUCCACUACCACCAAAGAAUAGCGGAUUUCUUGCAGCCAGUGGUAAACCAGUGACAUUUUCAUCUGAGGCCCUCCAGAAGGCAAAAGCUCUCUUCACUGACAUCAGUUUAAGUACAGAGAUCCCAGCUGCUUCAGGCUCAAAGACCACUGACAGGAAACAAGCCAAUUCUGAAAACACAGAGAAAAUACAUUGUGCUUUCACAACUGCAGGGGGAGCUAAAGUCCAUGUGUCACAGAAAAAUCUGUUGAAAGCAAGAAACCUUUUGAAAGAAUUUGAUGAUGGUUGUAUUUCAGCAAAAGCAAUGCAAGAAACAGAUGCUUUCUUUGAAGACUGUGACAUUAAUGAUGCUAUUUCAGUAAAACAUAAAAGUGUAACACCUGUGAGUGGAAGUGGAAGUGAGAAGAAAAAACCCUCAGAAUUUAAACAAGAUCAAAGGGUGACAAACAUUUACAAAGAACCUGGAAGUGGACACACUGACUUUGAAAAUGUUAACGUGGGACCAGUUGUAAACCAUGAGAAGAUGCUGCAUCCCAAUGCUGUGGAGAACAACAAAGGUGUUUUAAAGGGCACAUUGGAUUCUUUCAAAGCAGCUUCUUUACAUGGAAACCCAUCGAUGGCAAAGCCACGUUCUCUGGUGUUGUGCACAACAUCAAAAAACAUUAGUUCUUCUGCCAUUAAUGAAUCAAGCAACAUUGGUGGAUUCUGUACAGCCGGUGGGAAAAAAGUAACCGUGUCGGAUGAUGCAAUGACAAAAGCAAAGUCUCUAUUGAACGAAAGUGCUACAUUUGAGGACACAAACAAACAACUGAAACAAAAGGAAGAUACUUUUCCACAAAACAAUGGGGGGUUUCAGACAGCCAGUGGCAAAGGAGUAGCUAUUUCAUCUGCAGCCCUAAAGAAAGCAAGAAUUCUGUUAAGUGAAUGUGAAGGAGCUGAUGAUGAAAUUGGUGUAAAACCUACACAUUCCAAGACUCCAGUUCCUAGUGUGCCACCCAAGAAUAGAGGAUUUCUUGCAGCGAGUGGUGAGCCAGUGGCAUUUUCAUCUGAGGCCCUCCAAAAGGCAAAAGCUCUCUUCAGUGACAUCAGUUUCAGUACAGAGAUUCCUGCUAUUUCAGAUACAAGGAACACUGACAAGAAACACAGCAAUUCUGAAAUUACAGAGAAAAUGCAUUGUGGUUUCACAACUGCAGGGGGAGCAAAAGUCCACGUGUCACAGAAAAAUCUGUUGAAAGCAAGAAACCUUUUGAAAGAAUUUUCUGAUGGACAGUGUCAUGUCUCAAACGCAUCGUCAAGAGGGCCAGACGACACCAAUAAGUCAGAUCUAUCAAAAGUGAAAGAUGUGAACAGAGCUUCAAAUUCUAAUCUCAGCAUGCCCUGUGACAAGGAAAUGCCUUCUAAGUUUAGUGCCCCUCAGGUAGUUAAACCUUUGCAAGACACUGACCAUGAAAAGGAAACAUUUCAAACUCCAAGUGUACCUGGUGGUGUUUUAGCCAAAGACAAGGCACUUCCAGAUUUAUAUAAGUCUAAAGGAGACAAAAUGACCCCAUCAGGGUCGUGCAUCAAUAACAGUCCUGGAGAGGGAAUGUCAAGUCUACUGGACUACGAAAAAAAUCAGACAAGCAGCAGCGACGAAUCUAAGGUCAAAAGGCCACAAGACUCUUCAGUCCUAAACUUUCAGUCAUUUAACCUCAGUGGGUGCACUGAAACUCAGCAGAUGUUUUUCGCCCGGGAAGCUCUGGACUGCACUAAGGCUUUGUUAGAGGAUGAAAGUCUGGCUGGCCAAAGUCUCUCAAUGACUUUAGAAACUGUGCCACUGCAAGAUAACCCUAAGUCCAGCUGCAAAUCUGUAGAGGAGCAAAAGGGAACAGGGAAAAGAUCAGUAGAGGACCCAGAUAUGACUGGUCAGCCUCCCCUGAAAAGACGAUUACUGGAAGAAUUCGACAGGACGGUUGAUGGUCCGAGAGGUUCAACACUCCAUCCAGAGAAAAGUUGUCCAAAUGGUGUAAUGAAAGACAGGAGAGUUUUUAAGUACCAUGUCUCUCUCCAUCCAAACAUCACAAGGCCAGACAGCAAUGGAAAAAACUGUGUGGAAACCACAUUGCAAAAGACAACACCAACACAACACUCAACCCCAGGAGACAAUAGAUCAACACUGUCCAAGAUGCCAGCGUUUGAUCCUCCAUUCCUCAAGAAUACAAAGACAGAGAAUUCCAUGAAUACAGAGCUCAAGGACAUGAGACCACCUUGUGCAUUCGUACCUCCAUUCAAGAAACAAAGAACUCUUGUCCAAGUGAACUCUAGACCACAGGAGGAGGAGGAUAAACACCACCAUCUGUUUGUUACACCCUUUAACAGCAAUACUUUUGUACCACCCAGUAAAAAAACACCAACCACAACAGAUAUAACAGGUGAUAAAAGCAAAGAAGGCAUUCAGACAGUGGCCUUGGCUGACACUGCAAAUGAUCACAUAAUGAAUAAUCAAAACCUUCCUAUUGGCUGUGGAUCAGAGGACUCUGCUGCAGAGGCUUCACAUGUAGAGGACACAUUGUCCACAAGCCAAGACAUGUUUCCGAAUCUUCAAAACAUAGAGCUGGCACGAGAUAUGCAAGAUAUGAGGAUCAGGAAGAAGAAGCGCCAGACCAUUCGACCUUUGCAGGGCAGUUUGUUUCUAACCAAAACCUCAGGAGUAUCGAGGAUACAGUUAAAAGCUGCAGUAAAUGGAAGGCCACCUGCAAGAUACACCCAAAAACAGCUGUAUGGACAUGGAGUUCAUCAGCGCGUGUAUGGGAUAACCAGUGAGACGGCAGAAUCUUUUCGCUUCAGUUUACAGCAGUUCAUCAAACAGGAAGCAUUUAUAGAUGGAGGUGGUGUUCAGCUUGCUGAUGGAGGAUGGCUGAUCCCCAGGAGGGAUGGAACUGCAGGGAAAGAGGAGUUUCAUAGAGCAUUAUGUGACACACCGGGGGUGGAUCCUAAACUGAUCACUGAGGAGUGGGUGUACAAUCACUACCGAUGGAUUGUGUGGAAACAGGCCUCCAUGGAAAGAUCAUUUCCGGAAACAAUGGGCAGCCUCUGUCUCACUCCAGAGCAGGUUCUCCUUCAACUCAAGUACAGAUAUGAUGUAGAGGUGGACCACAGCCGCAGGCCAGCUCUGAGAAAGAUCAUGGAAAAGGACGACACAUCGGCCAAAACCUUGGUCCUCUGUGUUUGCGUCAUCGUCUCCAGGGGUCACUCCCCAAACAGUUUCGGUGACACAAAGACUCCACAAGGUGCUGAUGCCAAGACUGAAAACCCCUUUGCAGUUGUCUGGCUGACAGAUGGAUGGUAUGCCAUUAAAGCCCAGCUCGACGAACCUUUGACGGCCAUGCUUCACAAAGGUCGAGUGUGUGUUGGUGGGAAGUUGAUCAUCCAUGGGGCUCAGCUGGUGGGAUCACAAGAUGCUUGCUCCCCUCUGGAGGCACCUGAAUCUCUCAUGUUAAAGAUUUGCGCCAAUAGCAGCAGACCGGCACGAUGGGAUGCUAAACUGGGAUUUCACAGAGAUCCACGGCCAUUCCUGCUUCCUGUUUCCUGUUUGUACAGCGGUGGAGGACCGGUAGGAUGUGUGGACAUUAUCAUACUGAGAAGCUACCCCCUACAAUGGAUGGAGAGGAAACCAGAUGGAGGUACUGUGUUCCGUUCUAUUCGUGCAGAAGAGAAAGAGGCGAGACGAUAUGACAGCCACAAACAAAAAGCUAUGGAGAUCCUAUUUGCCAAGAUUCAAGCUGAAUUUGAGAAAGAGGACAAAGGUUGUAACAAGACUCAGCAUAGAAGACGGACAAUCAGCCGUCAGGAUAUUAAAAGUCUUGAAGAUGGAGAGGAGCUCUGUGAAGCAGUGGGGGAUGACCCAGCCUACCUUGAGGCACAUUUGAGUCAACAGCAGUUGGAGACUCUACGUACCUACAGGCGCACUCAGAUGGAGAAAAAGCAGGCGGAACUGCAGGAUCGCUACCGACGAGCUUUAGAAAAUGCAGAGAACAGUGAAGGUAGCUGUCCCAAGCGAGACGUUACACCUGUGUGGAGACUCUGCAUUGCUGACUCCAUGGAGCAACCUGGCAAUGUUUACCAGUUGAACCUUUGGCGACCUUCCUCGGAUCUUCAGUCUUUACUUAAGGAAGGCUGUCGAUACAAAGUCUACAACCUCACCACUUCUGAUGGAAAGAAACAUGGUGGUAGCACAACUCUUCAGCUGACUGGAACAAAGAAAACACAGUUUCAGGACCUGCAGGCUUCUCAAGAAUGGUUAUCGACACGUUUUCAUCCGAGGGUCUCUACCGAUUUUGUGGAUCUUCAAAACCCAGAAUUUCAGCCGCUGUGUGGAGAGGUUGAUCUCACAGGAUAUGUCAUCACUGUCAUAGAUAGACAGGGUUUGUCUCCUGCAUUUUAUUUGACCGAUGGGAAACUGAACUUCGUUAAAGUGCGCUGUUUCAGCAGCUUUGCUCAGUCUGGCUUGGAAGACCUGGUAAAAGCACGUGUCCUGUUGGCUCUGAGCAACCUGCAGCUGAGAGGCCAGUCCAUGUCUCCCACUCCUGUUGUGUACGCUGGAGAUCUGACCGUCUUCUCAACAAACCCCAAGGAAGUUCACCUACGGGAAUCCCUCAGCCAACUCAGAACCCUGGUCCAGGGUCAGGAGAACUUCUUUACAGUUGCUGAGGAGAAGCUUUCAAAUUUAGUCAAAUCUGACAGCCUGAGGUCCGUCUCCUCUCCUGCUCUGCAAACACGAACCCCAGCUUCUGCAACAGUCAGAAGACAAGACACAAAAACAAGUGUGACACCUCAGCAGCCAGUCAGAAGCCUCGGAUCCUUCACUCCGGUCAGCAGGAAACAACCUGCAGCAAACAGUUCGACAGAGAAGGACCCCAGCAGCCUGAAGCAGAGGAGAGCUCUGGACUAUCUGUCUCGUAUCCCAUCUCCACCUCCUCUCUCCCCGCUGGUCCCAGUGGCUUCUCCGUGUGUAAAAAAGACAUUCAACCCCCCCCGGAGGUCCGGAACGCUCAGCACUUUAAAAACUGCACCAAAAACUGCACAGGCUCCAGCUUGCAAACCUGUCAGUUCACCGCUGGAGGAUGAAUGGGUGAAUGAUGAGGAGUUGGCAAUGAUUGAUACUCAGGCAUUGAGUUGGUGAUUUACUGUAGAUACAAAAGACUGUAAAUGUUAAAGUACUGUACAAAUGACUGAAUGUAAAGGCUGCGUAUGGCUUAUAUGCAGUGGUUGCUUUCAAAGUUUAAUUGGACCCAUUAAAGAGGUGACAUUACUUGACACUAGUAAAUCACAUGGUGAUUAUGAUUUGACAAUAUGGAAUUCGUUGGGCUGGCUUUAGCAAAUAAAACCUGUGGAGCAGCACACCACCUGUUACACCUCAAA